UUUCCAAAAAAUAAAGGAAUGAAUUUUCUCUCUCCUCAAACUCAUUUAGCUCCGUCCUUCCUCUUCCUCCCGCCUCCUUCUCCUCUUAAAAUCCCCCAAGAAAAACAGCAUCUUGUAGUUGUACCACCACCUCUAGUCGGCGCCGCCUCUGCCAACUACAUCUCCCUCUCUUGAUCUGUUGCUAUUGUUGAUUUAUUCUGGCUUCACAGGUCAUAGUUACUUUUAACGUUAAGAAGCAAGAGGUGGAAAUGGCCAACAACAAUGCCCCUUCUACUGUUGAGAGGCAAGAGGCACACUGUUUUUUCCCCCCUCAUAACUUCUAUUGAUAGAUUUGGAAGAAAUGGCCAACAGCAAUGUCUCUUCUACUGUUCAGAAGCAAGAGAUUAUGUGAAAUUCCAGAUCAAAUUGGACGAUAUUAAAGCCGUCUUGGAUAAGGAAAAGGUCAUUGGGACAACAAUAAGUGAUAUGGAAUAUAGGGUAGCAUUGUUCAACAGCCUUACGCAUACCUGCUUUGAAAAAUGUGUUGAGAAAAGGUACAAGGAAGGUGAACUCCAUCUUGGUGAAAAUAGUUGCAUUGAUCGUUGUGUUUCAAAGUAUUGGCAGGUGAAUAAUUUAGUUGGUCAUCUGCUUGCAUAUGGUCGGCGUGGCGUGUAAAUGUUGUUUACCUGUUAGUUACAGAUUGCUGAAAUUUGAAUAUUACGCGAAUUCAUUACUGACCACCUGGGGGAAUAAGCACUUGAAACCAUAGACAUUUGUUCAUGUUUUCCCUUCAUCUCCAGAUCCUUCUGCCAGCAUUAUUGGAGAGUUUUGAUAAUGACAGGAUUCAUUACCUCAUACCCCAUGACAGAUUUUGUUGAAGAUGGUAAAAAUUUCGAUAUAUUCAUAGUUGAUUUCUUGUUCAUUAUAUCUUUUUUGAUAGUUCACAUUACAGGAUGACAUAGAGAGCUUUCAGGCUAUUGGAACCUCGAUUUUGUAUUUAAUAUGGAUGAAUGCAGAUUUUUUUUGUUUAGUCUGUAUUACCCUUUCAUUGAAGCAUGACAAUAAACAAUAUUAUUGAAUUAUUUGUUCUCUUUUAA